UUUUGUGGGUCUGAGUUAGCAAACAGCGUAAAUUUUUUUGCCAUAUUUUCUUGCAUUAUGAGAGUCAUCACAGUCAUUGCACCAGCAUUGUUACUAAUACGUUCCCCCGGUACAAAUUAGCACUGCUAAUCAUGUUUGCGCGUCCCAGCAGUGUUUGCAUUAGAAUUAUACUCAACUCACAAGUUUUACAAAUACUGUGCACGGAAAAAUGUUUCCACACACUAUUACAUACCUGAGAGAUCGUCAUUUGCUGGACAAUUAUUUUCGAGCUUUGUCAAUAAUUCUUGAAUAUUGUAGGUUUCCGAUCGCUAAAUUUGUGUAGAGAAGGUUCAACGAACUCUUUGCGAGCGUAUUACAAACACGCGAGUACUGAAAUUCGCCCAGCACCGUUACAUGUUGGCACUUGGCAGUAGGGAUAUGUCUACCACACUUAUUUGUGCGUUUUCAUCUUGCAUUGCGUAAAUCGUUUGCUAAGGAUUUGGCUGAUGAGAGAAAUGGGCGAAAGGAGACGAUAUAAGAAGCGACACUCCAGUGACAACAUUCUGAAUCGAUCGAAGGGUCGCACCCAUCGUCAACUAGCCAGUAGUAACUUACAUUUUAUCUUAGUGAAUCUAUUGUAAAAAUUACUGUGACGAUAGGUCCUCACCGUGAUGAAGAAUUUAGCGCUUUUCAGAUUAUCUCUAUUCUUUUUAAUAGCGAUAUCUUUAGUAAUUGUUGAUGCCCAAAGGACAGUCACAAGAACAGAAAUUAGUACGAGAAUUACGACCGUAACCGUCACCAAAAACUUUGUCUGUGCCAAAUUGGUCAACGUGACAGGAACUUGUCGUCGCGGUCGAAGCUUCUUAAUCGACGAGCCCGUCAUUCUUACAUUCGAUGACGAACUCGACGAAACAAUCGAAAAUGAAUUGCACCACAUGCUCAAUCCUCAAUUCAUACCUUCUAGGACACUCGGAGUGGAGGUGACACCGUUGGUCAUGUUACCUGCCAUGCAGUUGCCGAAUAACGACGUUCAACAUUCGUCCAAUUAUUACCAUCAUCCUCGUUUACCGCCCUUACCGAGAAUUCACGUUAUCCAACCGUCGGUGCAGUUCGACACGAGAUACGCGGGACGGAACAAAAUAGGCUUGGGAACGGGCGACCCGGAGCCGAGAAUUUAUUUCUCUCAGAUCAACGCAUUAUUUAAUAGGCUUGUUAAUAAUCUCCGACCGAGGCAGUCCGUUACAGUCACCAUCACCAAUUUUAUCUCGCAGACUAGAAGUGUUACGGUGGGUGGCACCACAUCCACUUUCUUCAUCAUGAGCUGCACACCAAAUCCUUUCACGUUUUCAACUUGCCCGGCCCGCCGUUCCAGCCCCAAUUGAAAUAUGUUUUGAUAGACGUCGGCGCUCUGUUAUUUAUUAGCUUAUAGGCUAUAAUUAUUUAUUGUUUUAAAAUAAUUUCUUGUCUUAUGAAAUAACAUAUUUCUGAUAGAUGCAUUUACAGUGUAGUCAUUUAACCGGACUCAAAGUAGAUGGCGGUGUCCAUACGAACUAAAAAUUUAUUUUAUAGUAAUUUCCGUAAAAAACAGCCGGAUAGCGCCACUUAUUUGGAUGAAGGAAAUGCGUGACUGUCAAGCGAACAUCGGAAGACAUCAGCAUUCUAUUGUAGACAUCCGCCAAGCCACGCUGGGCACAUAAAAGCCCCGCAAUCUAAGCCUCGAUGAGUGUUGCCUCCGGUUGCUUCUCCUCUAAGUUUUCUUUAUUGAAAUGCCGAAAUGGCCUAUAUUACAAAUUUUCAGUCCUUAAACACCCAAAUGACAGCCCUUGCAAGAAACAAUUUUUUCCAAGAUCGGAGUUUUAUUGUUUCAGUUGCAGUUCACCUGCAUUUAACUUUUCAUUUAAUGGAAGUAGAACUGGACAGGUUCGUUGGGGUCGAUUGUGCUGUUCAUUCCCUUUGAAUCUUUUACAAUGCACCGGGUUCUAUUGUGAUAAAAGUCGUCUGUGGCGACGUGAGAGUUAUUGAGAUGAUUGCCGGAAACGGUCAGCCACGCAAUAAAAUGUCGCAAAUCGCAUGCCAUGGGAAUCUUAGGUAGACCCAAUGCCAAGACCCUAUUGGAAAGUGUAUAGUUGUAAUAAUUUAAAUUUUUAAAAAGUACCUAAUCGUCCAAAUAAUACUUGAAUGGGCUGGUAGGAUAGCGAAUUUCAA